AUGUUUCGCACGGCUUUCUGGCCCUUCUCUUCCUUGCGCUACACUAGAAGCGCUCGCACCACGCGAUAUUUUCAUCAGGUCACAACAGAUUUUAUUACCUAUGAUGCGAGAGGAAAUCUGGUUACUAGGAAGGUGCCUAUUAUUGUUGGUAACCCAGAAGAAACUUACUUUUUGAUCGAACAAGGGGUUGGUAGUGCACUCCGUGCUGCUAGUCCCCUUAUAUCAGCCUCCGUAGCUAGUGCUGAAGAUAGAUGUAAACUUACGUUUUUCCACGAUUCGCAAUACUUUGGCUUUGAAGCAUCAAGUUAUCCCCGCCUCUAUAUCCCAAGUCAAAUCCCUCGCCAAACAGAGUCAAGCAUAAGCCCCGCAACUUGGUUCUUAGGCGGAAAGAUGCACGAGAUAGUAUACUGA